UCAUCGUUAAUCGUUUCGGUAAAGUUAUCUUGCUGUUUUCAGAAAUAAGUGAUAUUAUAACGCUUAUCAGCUUACUGUACAAACUUAAAUAAAACAACAAACAAUGUCGGAGGUGGUUGAUGCACCGUUCAGCACCGUAGAAAUCAACAAUGACGACAGGGAGGAGGAAGAUCUAUUCGCUUCAGCGGUCCAGGAAGUCAGCCUUGAUCCAGAAGUAAAUGGUGGACAAGAAGAUAUGGAAAAGUCUAAUAUGGGAGACAUGUCAAUAUCUUCACCAGCCACUAUUGGAAGCCCUAUAAUGGAAGAGAUAGCCACAGAGCGUGCCAAUAACAUAAUCAUAACCAUCACAGAGCCACAAAAGAUUGGAGAAGGCAUGAGCUCUUACGUAGCAUACAGAGUGCUCACUAAAACCAACAUGCCUAUAUUCAGUAGGCACGAGUUCACCGUUCUUAGACGUUUCUCCGAUUUCCUAGGUCUUCAUGAGAAAUUAACUGAAAAAUAUCUUCGGUCGGGCAGAAUUAUUCCACCUGCACCCGAAAAAAGUAUUGUUGGAACAACUAAACUAAAAAUGACCUCAACACCUUCAACCGAAAGUGCAAAUGGUACCAACUCAUCAGCGAGUGUACAGUCGAUAUUUGUGGAACGUCGUCGGGCGGCACUGGAGAGAUUUCUCAAUCGCGUCGGGCAACACCCUGUACUGUGCAUCGACCCGGAUUUUAGAGAAUUUUUGGAGUCUGACACAGAACUACCCAAAGCUACAAGCACCUCCGCUUUAAGUGGAGCAGGAAUGCUACGCCUGUUCAACAAAGUAGGAGAGACCGUCAAUAAGAUCACGUAUAGGAUGGAUGAAUCAGAUCCGUGGUUCGAAGAGCGCUGCGCGCGCAUAGAGUCUCUGGAGAGUGGGCUCCGUCGCUUGUGCGGUGCUUGCGAAGCGUUGGCAACUGAGAGACGCGAGUUGGCAACGCGCGCGCACGACGCGGCGCGGUCUAUAGCGGCGGCGGCUGCGGCGGACCCGCACGCGCCGCUAUCGCGCGCUCUCUCACACCUAUCGGACCUGCACGAGAAGAUCGAACACUUAAGAAAUGAGCAAGCCAACACUGACUUCUACGUCCUGACUGAACACAUCAAAGACUAUCUUGGGCUCAUCGGCGCCAUCAAAGAUGUCUUCCAUGAGAGGGUUAAGGUAUUCCAAAACUGGCAACACGCACAAAUGCAGUUAACAAAGCGAAGAGAGAACAAAGCCAAAGCCGACCUCGCGAACCGUCCGGAGAAGAUUGCUCAAGCCUCCACUGAAAUUAUUGAGUGGGAAGCGAAAGUGGAGCGCGGGCAGCAAGAGUUCGACUCUAUCUCACGCGUCAUCAAGAAAGAGAUAGAGAGGUGGGAGGAAGUGAGGCUGAGUGAACUUCGGGCUACAUUGCUGCGCUACCUUGAGGAGCAUAUGAAACACCAAGCGCAGGCUAUUCGAUACUGGGACGCUUUCCUACCGGAGCCUCGUGCCAUCAAAUGAGGCGGUAUCCAAGGCGACCGCGGUACAGGGUCAAACAAACCACAACUACGCCAAAACACAACUUAGCACCCAAUGUUACGUGUCAUUUUACCGUGCACCCUUCAAGGCAAAUUGAAGUAUUGAACAUAUAAUAAUAUAAAUUAUGAUUGUAUAGAAAUUUCAAAUUAAAAAAAAUG